GGAGUGAAUUGUUGCACUGUCACCGUGUAAAAUAGCGCGAAAGUAGACUAAAUAUAAAUUAGCGCUUUUUCCUAAUUCGAGAUGAAAAUUGGAAACGCUGUACUUGAAGAAGAACCCUAUUGUCAUGUCUUAUUACAGGAACAUAGGAGUACCCUCUGCGAUAGGUGUUUCACUAGUGGAGAUUCACUUAAAAAAUGCACCGGUUGUGGGGAAGUUUGGUAUUGCGACAAAGCCUGUCAGAAAAGAGACUGGGCCGUCCAUAAGUUAGAAUGCAAAUGCUUAAAGCAGGUUUCACCCAAGAUUCCAAUGGAUUCUGUACGAUUGAUGUUACGGCUGAUCAUCACAAAGAGUAAAGAUUUGCCAAUGAAUUCUCCAUGGUCAAGAAAGUUUGAUGACUUGAUGACACACUCUGAAGAAAUUCGAGCUGACAAGACAAGAACGGAACAAUUCGGAAAGAUGGUGUUCACUCUCACUGAAUAUGCUGGGAAAGCUGUCAGCCUUCCAUCAGCUGCUGAACUGUAUGAUACUUUCUGCAGGAUGGUCAUAAACAGUUUUACAAUCUCUGAUGGCGAACUCAAAGAUUUGGGCACGGGUAUAUACCUUAGUGGAUCAAUGUUAGACCAUAGCUGUAAACCAAAUGCUGUAGCAACAUUCCAUGGUUGUACCUUGGUUGUCAGGGCGACCGAGGACAUUCCAGAUCCAUCUCCAAAUAAGGUUUUUAUCAGCUAUGUGGAACAGUUGUCACCAGUCACUGAGAGACAAAAGGCAUUGAAGGAACAAUAUUACUUUGAUUGUAAAUGUGAGAGAUGUGUAGAUGAUGAAUAUAAUGAAACAAUGACAAGCUUUUGUUGUCCUGUUCAGAAUUGUGAUGGUCUUGUGUGUUUAACAGAGGGAAAUACUUUCAAGCCAUGUAGAAAGUGUGGGACAAAAGAUUUUUCUCCAGAAUUGAAGAAAGGUGCCCUUGCUGUUCUUGAUGAUUGUAAAACACAACUGGACAUUAUAGAUAAAGAAAAGAAAUCUGGAAGUUCCAAAAAGGUAUUUGAGAAAUGUAAGAAGUUGAUACAAGAAACCACAAACAUUCUUCACCCUAUGAACGUGUAUAGUGUACGCCUGCUGGACAAGGCUUUUGAUGUAGCCAUAGAAGAAGAACACUGGGAGAAAGCCAUUAAAUAUGGCCAGAAAACAUUACAAGCUUAUAGUACAUAUUACCCGAAGUACAGCCCAAAUUAUGCUAUACAGUUGUUUAAAGUGGGGAAGUUACAGUUAUAUGUACAGUACAUGGAAGAUGCAGCGAGGAAUCUGGAGCAAGCUCAGUCUAUACUCACGGUUACUCAUGGAGCGAAUCAUGACAUUAACAAAAAUGUAACACUGUUCCUGAAUCAGUGUAGGGAAGAAAUGAGAGUAAAAUCUAAUGGAAGUUAGUGUUUUGGGCUUAAAUAGAAAAUUUGAAGAAAUUAAAAAAGUUUUGAUAUUUAUGUUAAGUUUGAAUAUGAUAAUGAUAUUAUGUUAUUGUGAGUGAAUGUUUUAGACUUUGUUUGAAAAAUGAUGGCAAAUAAAAAUGGAAAAACAAACUUAAAAGAAGUGAUUUGAAUGCUUAAAUUUAGAAGUUGAAGAAAAAGAAUUUAAGGAAUUGGAAUGGAAUUGCAAGACGGUUAUAUGCAUGAUGUCAUUUGUUAAGUUUAAAUUAAAACAAAAUAUGUAUAAUGAAAUCUUGAACAUGGAACUGGACAUAAAUGUCCUUAAUUGUCAGAAAUUGUCUAGUUUUGGACCAUUUGUCUUCAUAUUUCUGGUGGUUCAGUAAAUGUAAAAAAAAAAUAUUUUAUGACUUGUGGGAAUAAAUUUACAAAAA